UCUCCCUAACGGCGGGGCUGUUCCUGGGUCGCUCUCUUUGGGGACCCCGCGGGCUCCGCAGGACGCGGGGGCGGUGGAGGAUGGGCGGCAUUUCUGCCCUGGACCCGCACAGGUGCCCAGCCCCAAGGCUGUGGGGCAGAAGCCACGGGAGCCUUGAUGCAGUGAGGACAUGAUCCUGCCAUGGCACGGCCAGCCGCAAAGAAGGAGGAGGAGGAGGAGGGUGCCACUGGGGCGCCCCCCCGGCCGUCGCCAUGGCGAAGCGGGAGUCCAGCUCUAGCCCGGUGGUGCGGCAGAUCGACAAGCAGUUCCUAGUGUGCAGCAUCUGCCUGGACCGCUACCACAACCCCAAGGUGCUCCCCUGCCUGCACACCUUCUGCGAAAGGUGUCUCCAGAACUAUAUCCCGCCCCAGAGCCUGACCCUCUCCUGCCCCGUCUGCCGCCAGACCUCCAUCCUGCCCGAGAAGGGGGUGGCCGCCCUGCAGAACAACUUCUUCAUCACCAACCUCAUGGAGGUCUUGCAGCGCCAGCCCGACAGCGCCAGCCACGAAGACGCCGCCGCCGCCAUGCUGGACUCGGCCAGCGCCGUGCCUGGAAAGUCUCUCUCCUGCCCCAACCACGAGGGGAAGGUGAUGGAGUACUACUGCGAGUCGUGCGAGACGGCCAUGUGCCACGAGUGCACGGUGGGGGAGCACCGGGAGCACAUGACAGUGCCGCUGCGGGACGUGGUGGAGCAGCACAAGGCCUCCCUGCGCCAGCAGCUGGACGCCAUCAAGAGCCGUCUGCCUCAGUUGACCACGGCCAUCGGGCUGGUCUCCGAGAUCAGCCAGCAGCUGGUGGAGCGCAAGAACGAUGCCGUGGCCGAGAUCGGAAGCACUUUUGCCGAACUGGAGAAGGCGCUGCACCAGCGGAAGGGGCUGCUGGUCCGGGACCUGGAGGCCCUGUGUGGAGCCAAGCAGAAGGUGCUGCAGGCGCAGCUGGACACGCUCCGCCAGGGCCAGGAGAACAUCCUGAGCAGCUGCAGCUUCACGGAGCAGGCUCUGGACCACGGCUCCGAGACGGAGGUCCUGUUGAUCAAGAAGCAGAUGACCGAGCGCCUGAGCGAGCUGGCCGGCCGCGACUUCCCUGAGCAGCCGCACGAGAACGCCCAGGUGGACUAUGUGGUGGAGACGGAGGGCGUGCGCAAGUCCAUCCUCAACCUGGGCGUCCUGCUGACCACCAGCGCCAUCGCUCACAAGACGGUGGCCACGGGGGAGGGCCUGCGCCACGCCGUGGUGGGCCAGGCCGCCUCGCUGACCGUCACCACCAAGGACAAGGACGGGGAGCUGGUGCGCAGCGGGAGCGCCUGCCUGCAGGCCGAGGCCACGGCGCCGGACGGCUCGGCCCUGGGCCACGAGGUGCUGGACAACAAGAACGGCACCUACGAGCUGCUCUACACGCCGCGCCACGAGGGAGACCACCUGCUCUCCAUACGCCUCUACGGGCAGCCCAUCCGCGGAAGCCCCUUCCGCGUCAAGGCCGUCAAGGCCUCCGAUGUGCCGCCCUCCCCAGAUGACGUCAAGCGCCGCGUCAAGUCUCCCAGCAGCGGCCACAUCCGGCAGAAGGCCGUGCGGCGCCCCUCCAGCAUGUACAGCAGCGGCAAGAAGAAGGAGAACCCCAUUGAGGACGAGCUCAUCUUCCGCGUGGGGAGUCGCGGUCGGGAGAAGGGCGAGUUCACCAACCUGCAGGGCAUCUCCACCUCCGGCAGCGGGCGCAUCGUGGUGGCCGACAGCAAUAACCAAUGUGUGCAGGUCUUCUCCAAUGAGGGCCAGUUCCGCCUGCGCUUUGGGGUGCGGGGCCGCUCCCCAGGCCAGCUGCAGCGCCCCACGGGGGUCACCGUGGACCUCAAUGGAGACAUCAUCAUUGCGGACUACGACAAUCGCUGGGUCAGCAUCUUCUCCCCCGAGGGCAAGUUCAAGACCAAAAUCGGAGCCGGCCGCCUGAUGGGCCCCAAGGGGGUGGCUGUGGACCGCAACGGCCACAUCAUUGUGGUGGACAACAAGGCCUGCUGCGUCUUCAUCUUCCAGUCCAACGGGAAGCUGGUGGCCAAGUUUGGCAGCCGUGGCACCUCGGAGCGCCAGUUUGCAGGUACCCUUGACGGGCCACACUUUGUUGCCGUCAACAACAAGAACGAGAUCGUGGUGACUGACUUCCACAACCACUCCGUGAAGGUGUACAGUGCGGACGGAGAGUUCCUCUUCAAGUUUGGCUCACAUGGUGAGGGGAACGGGCAGUUCAACGCCCCAACGGGGGUCGCGGUGGACUCCAACGGGAACAUCAUUGUGGCCGACUGGGGCAACAGCCGGAUCCAGGUUUUUGACAGCGCAGGCUCCUUCCUGUCUUACAUCAACACCACGGCAGACCCCCUCUACGGCCCGCAGGGCUUAGCGCUGACGUCCGACGGACACGUGGUGGUGGCCGACUCUGGCAACCACUGCUUCAAGGCCUACCGCUACCUGCAGUAGCCCCGGGGGGGGGCAGGCUGGGCCCGGGAGGGGGCCGUGGGGCUUCUCCUUCCUGCCCACCUGCUGGCCUUAAGGACGAUGGGCUCAGGUGGGGGGCUGGACCCUCAACGGGGGGGGCCUGCUCCCCAACGCUGGGCGGGGGGCUCUGGCAGCUGAGUGUGACGGUGCCAAUCGCUAUCGAGGCAGCUAUAGGUGCACUGAGGGCGGGGGGGGGGGCUUUCUGGGGGGUGGGGAGGGAGCGUCGCCCGCUUGGCUUCUCCAAGGACUAUUUUUUGGGGAUGGGGAGAACUCCCUUUGUGGGCACAACGGUCGCUGCUUGCUGGCUUCAGCGGCUCUGGCCACCCCCUUGCCAACUCUCACGGGGGUCUGGGACCCCAAGCGCUGCCCCCUCCCUUGCCCCUUGCUCUCCCCCCCCACAGAAUCUCUCUGCACUUUAUCUCCAAGGCAGACCCCUCCCCACUUAUCUGACUCUGUUGCAGGAGGGGACAAUCGCCCCCCAGCCUGGCUGCAGGUGGGAGAGAAGAGAGGCUGCGGCCUUCUGGGCAUGCAAAUGGGCAGGUUGCUCCCUCCCCCAGGGGGUUGGGCUAGAUGGCCCUUGGGGGUCCCUUCCAACUCUAGAAUUCCACCAUUCCUUUCUGGGUUUCUGGGCAUCCAAAGCAAGGAACAGGGGCGGCUUUCCUCAUCUGGGCAGGAGCUGUGGACCAGCAGGAAGAGGCAUUGCUUCGGGGCAGCUCAGAUAAUGGGGGGCCCAGAGCAACUCUGCUCCAGGGGGCUGGGCUGGAUGACCCCUGGGGGUCCCUUCCAACUCUACAAUUCCGAGAUAACCAGCACCCUUGGCCGGCUUUGGAUUGGUGGCACUUUGGCCUGCCUGCUUAUUCCCCACGCCUUUGCCCCUCUCCGCUAUGGGGAGAAUGCCUGAUGGACACAGCCGCUUUCCCCCCCCCCAGGCUCUCCUCUCCUCCCAGACUGAGAUGCCCUUGAUCUUCAUCUUUUUACUUGUGGUGGUUGGGGGGGGGGAGAGAGAUGGCUGGGGGGCAUGGCUGAGCAGCUGGUGCUUUGCCCUCAAGAGCCACCCCUCCCCCCCCCCCGCCCCUCUCCAGAGGGGCUGCUUCUAGACCCAGAGAGCCUUCCCACCCCCUACAGACUUGUGUGGAGCCUUUGCCCUCCUGCUCCCCCAGGACCUCCUGCUCCUGCCAACAGCCGCUCCACCCCCUGGACAACUCCCCCCCCCCCGGCCAAAGGGCUGCCCUGCCCCUCUGGACCUGACACAAGCACUCCUGUCUGCUGGGCUAAGACAAGGCAGCCCCGUGCUCAUGACAAAAUGUAUGUAAAAAAUAAAUAAAAUAAAAUAAAUAAAAGUAUUCUGAAAGAA